AUAUACAUAUUGGCCUGAUAUAUUACAACUACUCAAUACCUCAAUACUCAGUACUGUACAAUGAAAUCAAGAUUCUCUGUCGUCAUGAGCACCAGGGAUAACCAAACAAAAUUCAAAAUCCCAACGAUUGGUUCCCCACUCACCAAACAGAGGGUGAAUUUUCAACCCCUCGAUCCUUCUCAUCUUCCAUCCCCAUAACUGAAAACUACCACGAGAAAAUUAAAAGCCGAUCACAACGUGUUAGCGCUACACAAAAUCUCUUGGUGCGAUUCCAAUACAUUGAAGCAGAUGGUCAAAGUGUCAGAGCUUGUUAUUGGAAUAGUUCCUGAUUCCUAGAGUUUGUUGCACCAUGGGGCAAACACAUGAACUGGGACCGCGUCUAUGCAAUGUGAGUUUGAUUCACGUCCACACGUGAUGUCAAUGGUUACAUUUCAUACUCAUCUUUCCUCCUUACCUUCAUCCUAAUCUUGCAUCUCCAUUUUAUAUCCAGUUUUAUCAAGAAUAAUUACUAACGAACCUCAAGGUGCCUCUAUCUUCCACUCUAGAUGCAUCAAUCUUUGUCCCAUUCCCCGGACUCCCUACAACACCUCUCCCCACUGAGCAUGAUGCCCUACUCAAGAUUUUGAAGCGUCAUCACCAUAGAGUUCGUGCAAAUAUCGUCAAAGCUUACGUGAUUGAAAAGGAGAACUUGGUGAAAAAAUUCAAAGAUGAUAUCGCGAAGCAGAAGAGUGCUGUUGAAGGUAGUAGGGAUGGAAUUGCUUUAGGUCACACUGACAGAGAACUCGCAACUUCUAUCAGAGAAGAUGCGUGGAGGAGAAGGAAUGAAAAGGAGCUUGAAGAUCUUCGCUGGUUGAGAGGUCCGAAGUGGUUGUUACUUUUGCAAGCGGAGGAUAGAAAGAAUGGAGUUUUGUCGGUUCCCAGGGAGGAACUGAAUAGGAGAAAGGAGAGAUUGGCGGAGGAAAUGAAGGGACACGAGAGUGAAGAGUAUGAGUGGGAUUUUGGGAGCUUUUGCGACCCGGGGCCGGACAGUAAUAGAAAGGGUGAGAAGGAUCAUGAAGGAGACUUGGUGAUGGGGGGAUUGAAUUCGUCAAAUGCAUCACCGACUGAACUUUUAACAUCGGCUAAUACGAUUACACCUUUUGAUAUCGAAGAAAGGCUCAAUAAGGAUGUGGAGCGAUUGCUUGAAGAUGCGAUUAGUAAGAUGAAGGAGUAUGAUAACCAUGUAAAGCCUUUCAUGACGAAAUUCGAAGAAUCUUUGAACAAGGGGAUCAUCGAUGGCAAUGGACCGGAUAAGGUUGGAGGAAUGUUGAAGAAUGCGGGACUGAAAGUAAUUGUACCAAGCCCAUCUGAGCCUGUUGCAGGGAUACUGAGAAGGAAGUCUGUUUCAAUGCAAAGUCCCCGGGACACUCCAACCGGUAUUCUGAAAAAAUCAACUUCGAUACAAAGUCCUUCGGAUAUCCGUGGUAGCACUUUAAAGAAAUCGGUCAAAAUUCAGACUCCACCCGAGAAUAGCGUCAGCCCUUUAAGGAAAAGGCUAUCAAUUCAAAUGCCAUCCAAUGCCGAAAAAGGUUCUCCAGACAGAUCGUUGGUACAAAGUCCGCUAGAGUACACCGGCGGCGCUCUCAAGAAGGUCCGUCUUGAUGACCCAUUCUGGAAACCCGCGAGUCGGAGUCCGCACACAAAUUCUUCAACUUCUUCGCAACAGAUCUUCUUUCCGACGAAUCCACCGACAGGCCCAGCAAAUCCUAGUCUUCCCAGACGUCGUUCAGACCCUUUGAAUCUGCUGCAGAAUUCUACUACGUCAGCCGCUCCCGAAGAUCCCAAUAAACCCACACCCCGUCCUCGCCAUACGAGUUCUGAACAGAUUCCAUAUUCGCAGCUACGGUCCUCUAAUUCGCCCACUGUACGAGGUGGCGGACAUUCGCCCAUAUUUCCUACAACUCCUACAGAUCAGAAGAGCAUCGAUUCUCUAAUUGGCAAAACCUUCAUAUCAUCUACCACCUGGUAUCCCCAAACUGGCAAUUAUUAUGACUUAGAAGUAUUGAUGGGCGACGAAAUUGAAGUUUCUAGCCAUGUAGUCGGAAACGGGUACAAGGCAUUCAAUUUGACUUCACAUAAGAUAGGACAAAUCAACAUUAAGUACUUUCUGCAGGAUAUCGAGCAUAACGAAUUAAUUGGUAAAACCUUCAUAUCAUCAAGCAGUUACGCCCCGAAAUAUUCGAACCAGUUUUACGAUUUAGUGAUAAAUCGUGGCGACAAAAUCACAAUCACAAAGUUCCACUCCGGCAGCGCGUAUAUAGGUUUCAAUACGACAUUACAGACGAUAGGUAAUCUCAACGUGAACUUUUAUUUGAGGGAUAUCGAAGAUAGCACCCACAUCGAGAAAACUACAAAGUUGUCUAGUUCCAAACAUAAUUCCAAGGAUGGCAAUAGUUCAUACAUCGGCAAAACCUUCAUAGCAACAGACACCUCGGCUCCGAAGAAUCCCAGAGAUGUGACUACCCUUAAGAUAAGAAUUGGGGAUGAGAUUAAAAUUACCAAGUACGCUUCUGGCGUUCACUAUGUAGGGUUCAACGAGAGAUCAGGGAAGUCAGGUCAAUUUGACAUAGAUCGUUUCUGUAAAGACAUCGAGCGUUCUAUUAACGAAUCUACUGGCAAUAAGGUUGCAGUAACGAAAUCUCAACUUCCUAAGGAUCUUUUAGGAGUUACUACUCAUGGAGCCAAGGGUUGUCCUAAAGACGACUCUGAAGAUAACCGCCAAAAAGACCUUCCAGUUCAUGUUGGGAAAACCUUCAAAUCAACACAUGACUGGAUUCCAAGACAGCGUGGCAGGACUGAUGAUUUAGAGAUCAGAUAUGGGGACUAUAUUGAAGUCGUCAGUCACAACUCGGGUAGCAUGUAUGAAGGUUAUAACCUCAGAACACAAAAGAUGGGACAAUUCAAUAUUUCUUACUUUUAUGUAGAUAUUGAUCCCCUCGACAAUAUUGGAAAGAUCUUCACUGCCAGAAGUAGCCAACACACCUCGGACUUGACCGCUCUCACGAUUGAUAUUGGUGAUGUUAUUGAAAUAGCGGAAUUUGUUGGGAGUGGUGUUUAUACCGGACAUAAUUUGAAAACUGGACAAACGGCGGGACGUUUCUACAUUGAUCAAUAUCAGCAUGAUAUCGAACGUGGCCAUCUUGUAGAUGAAAAUUGGGACGAUCUUGACCCUCUUGAUUGUAUUGACAAAAUCUUCACGGCAACAAGCGCCCAGAGCCCUCGACGAUCUUCAGAUACCACGCUAGCAAUCUCUAUUGGUGACGAGAUUAAAGUCACAAAGUUUGUCUCAGGAUUGACAUUUCGUUGCUCCAACAUAACGACCGGCGAAUCGGGGCACGCCAAAUUGGUGUAUUUUCGAAAGGAUAUCGAGGCUGCUAACAAGCCUUUAGAAAAUAUUGGCGCAGCGGAUAGAUCUUUACAUGAAAUGUCUUCUGGCAUGGAUAUUGACCCUGGCAGCAAAACUUCAGAGUCCAGUAAUGUCAACGCUGAUAAACAAUCUGGUAAAUUGAGCUUUUCAAUAAAGGGGGCUGGACAGAAAUCAUUGAAUGAAUAGACAGGUAUUAGGAAAUUAUUCUAAUGGUAUGCCGUUUGUGAGUUCGUAUUGAAGAGAGAUGAAAUGGGAAUUUGCGAAUAGGAUUGAGGAUUUGGUUAAUGAUCUGGAUGUGUGUUUAUUUUUGGUUGGAUGGAUGGAUGGAUGGAUGGAUGGAUGGAUGGAUGGAUGGAUGGAUGGAUGGAUGGAUGGAUGGAUGGAAAAGCGAUCAGGGAUGACGGGGUUUGAGAUAAUAUUUGCUUUUCGAGAAUGGUGGUGAGUAAAAAUGGACGGAGAUAACUUUAUGGGGUUGUGACUUUUAUUUUACUACUCUGUGACGAAUUUGGUGUGGUUUGUAUGGUAAUUAGAUAAGGUUAUGAAUUGUAAUUAUUCUUCUAAUUUACUUCAUAUACCUAGGUACAUGUCUUGAGUGUGCAUUUUAUCUAGGUAUAGAUAUUGGAUAGAUAGAUACAUAAAUAGGAGUUUG